AUGACACGAGGUAAUCAAAGGGAUGUUGAUAGAAUAAGAUCAUCAAAGAGAAAUGAAAAAGUAAAACCAAAUAGCACAGUAAAAGAUGCUUCAAAAAAUUUAAAUGUUAUUUGUAAAUUAUGUAGACAUACAUUUAUGUGUACGGUUAAUCAAUCAAUAUUGAAAGAACAUCAUGAGAAAAAACACUCAAAACAUGCAUAUGAAGAUUGUUUUUGA